CGGGGAGAGAGACCGUAGAUAACCCCGCAGCACGUUUCUGUGGCGCCUUGGAGAUCAGGACGCGUGUCCUUGUUUCCAGAGCCCCUGAGCUCUGAACUGGACCUACCCCUUACUAGCUGCGUGCUGUUAGCCAAGUUAGGUAACCUUUCUGUGCCUCAAUUUCCUCAUCUGUAAAGAUGGGGAUGACAGCAAUACUUAAUUCAUAAGAUUUCUGGAAGGAUUAAAUUUGAUAUUCUUAAGCACUUAGCACAAAGUAAAAGCUCAGUAAAUGUUAUCCAGAUGUUUGAUUUUUUUUUUUUGCUAAAAGUACUCAGGUAACCAGGUUAAGGAAUGUAUAACACCCUUCUGCAAAGAAGGAAAUGGAGGCCUAAUUGUGGUUGCCGCUGUGGGAUCAGGACCCCCUGGAGGCCAGGGCAAUACAGCACCAUCUCUGAAGUAGCUUUACAGUCUGGAAGGGGUCCCGUGUCCCUGCCUUCAAAGGCUGCUGAGCGGGUGGUGGGCCGAUGGCUCCUGGUCUGCAGUGGAGCGGUGGCUGGAGCAGUUAUUCUUGGUGGAGUAACUAGAUUGACAGAGUCUGGCCUCUCAAUGGUAGACUGGCAUUUAAUAAAGGAGAUGAAGCCACCUACAAGCCAAGAGGAAUGGGAAGCAGAAUUCCAAAAAUAUCAGCAAUUUCCAGAAUUUAAAAUCUUAAAUCAUGACAUGACACUGGCAGAAUUCAAGUUCAUCUGGUACAUGGAGUACUCUCACCGAAUGUGGGGUCGCCUUGUAGGCCUCGCAUACAUCCUGCCUGCUGCCUACUUUUGGAGAAAGGGCUGGCUCAGCCACAGCAUGAAAGGACGUGUUCUUGCCCUCUGUGGUUUAGUUUGCUUCCAGGGCCUGUUGGGAUGGUAUAUGGUGAAAAGUGGAUUAGAAGAAAAACCAGAUUCUCAUGACAUCCCUCGGGUCAGUCAAUACCGCCUGGCUGCCCACCUGGGAUCAGCCCUGGUUCUUUAUUGCGCCAGCUUGUGGACUUCGCUCUCCCUGCUGCUUCCUCAGCACAAGUUGCCUGAAACCCGUCAGCUCCUGCGGUUGAGACGAUUUGCUCACGGAACAACAGGCCUAGUGUUCCUUACAGCUCUCUCAGGGGCUUUUGUGGCAGGACUGGAUGCUGGGCUUGUUUACAACUCCUUCCCCAAGAUGGGAGAAUCUUGGAUCCCAGAAGACCUUUUCACCUUCUCUCCCGUCCUGAGGAAUGUUUUUGAGAACCCUACCAUGGUGCAGUUUGAUCACCGGAUUCUGGGAAUCUCUUCAGUUACUGCCAUUACAGCGCUCUACUUCCUGUCCCGGAGAGUUCCCCUUCCUCGAAGGACCAAGAUGGCAGCAGCGACUCUGCUGGCUUUGGCAUAUACACAGGUGGGCUUGGGCAUCAGCACUCUGCUGAUGUACGUUCCAACUCCUCUGGCUGCUACUCACCAGUCGGGCUCCUUGGCUCUGCUCAGCGUUGCCCUUUGGCUCAUGAACGAACUCCGAAGAGUCCCAAAAUAAUUCUAAAAGGAUCAGCCGCGUAGGACUGAAACUGCUUUUGAGAGCUCAUUAGAGCACAAGAACUUGGGUUUUGCUAAGAGAAUGACCUUGGCAUAUCAAAUGGUUUCCAGAUUGGUCAAGUUUUAAAAAAUUCUUUGCCUGUUUCUGGAAGUCAGUGGGUCAAGAAUGUCAUUAGAUAUGAUUACAGUAACGGUUCCUUUUUAAAUCUGUUAUUUUUCACGUUGAUCCUCUUAAUGGGAUAUCACCUCUUCUAGACAGAAUUAUUUUAAAAAGGGAACUAGAGUCACUGGGGUAGGUUCCCAUACCAUUUCUCCUGAUCCCCAAACUAAAGUUGUCCUUAGUUAAUAAUAGUCACCAGAGGGCUUUAUGAUCCAAUCCAAAGAACUAUAUGCUAAAGCUUGUAUAGUUCCCUCCAACAAAGAGCAACGAAUGAAUUAAGUUCAAGGUUCAGAUACUUUACUUCAUUUUAAUUUUAUUAAAGAUGAGUAAGUUUGGGAAAACAGAUCUGGUUGCAUUAAGCUAUAUAACUAUUAUGCCUAUCCAAAAUCAUGGUGAAUGGAGAUUAUCUGAAUUAUUUUUAGGUUUGCAUUAUUCCCAGCAUCGGACACAUACCAAAUAUUGCAUGAAUGAAUGGAAAAUAAUUAGAGAUU